UAUUGGUCGAGUGGUUAUAAGUAUUAGUAAUCAGCAACAUGAAAUUAAAAAAUAUUCGCAGCAACAAAAGUUUAGAAUUCUUGAUACGGAUAGGGCGUCGUGUCCCAAUCACGACAAUGAAACUACAAGUUUUGUUGGUUUCUUAUCUGACUACGUUAAAUUGCUUGACGUUUGUGGAAGGAACAAAUGAGAUGCUAAGCUCAAGUGUAGAUGGCGUAAACAAAACAAGCUCACAUGUUAAUGGCAGAGAUGACGAGACCAGCACUAAUCUUCAAAGCAGAUCAUCUGAGGGAUAUAAAAUGCCUUAUGUUGGAGAAAUUCAGUUUCCGAUGUAUUCAGGAAAAGAGAUUGCUAUCGAAGGAGUUAUACAAGACGAUGCUUCAUACUUCUCCGUGAAACUCUGCAAUACUGAAGUGUGUGACUACAACGUGCCUUUCAUAAUGCUGAUUGACUUCAUUGACAAAAUGCGGGUGAUGUCGUCUUAUUAUGAUUUCCCUUCUGAAGGAAUAGAAGAUACUGGAGAAUUACCGUUCAAACCUGGAAUGCAAUUUAAACUUGAUAUAAAAAUUACGAACGAUCAUUUUACGGUUUGGGUUAACGGAAACUCAAUUGACUCGUUCGAAAAUCAAAUGCCCUUAGAAGAUAUUUUGUACAUACACGUCGACGGGCAAGCAGAGGUUAACUGGAUUCUAUUCUCAAAAAUGAACCCCGCCGGUAUGGAAAUAAUUGAAAGACGAAAUGGCGGUGAAAAAAUUGUAAUCUAUGGAUAUCCAACCAACGAUACUUACGGGUUUUCAUUCAACAUUAAAUGCGUACAAGAUGGAAGUAACAAUAUUGUCGUCCACCUAAACAUAAGGUUUAACACAAGAAAAACUGUUAUUGACUAUUUUCAAAAAGGAGAAUGGGCUUUCAACUCUAUCGAUACUGUCUUUGACUAUUUUGACUUCAAAAUUAGAGAGCAGUUUAUUGUUCAGUUUUUAACAAGUCCAGGUUCAACUUUGGUUAAAAUAAACUCAAACUUCGAAAAGAGGUUGGAUCACAAAAUGGACUGCUAUGAUCAUUUGGAUUUUGAUGGAGACGUGAGAGUGGAGAAAAUAUUGAUGACAUAAACCGACAACAGAUCUUUACACUUGCACAUAUGAUGCAUUGUAUUUUAUGUAAAAGUAUUAUUUGCAGAAAAACUAAAAAUAAUUGUACACAUUUUAUUUAAAUAGUAAACCUAAUUACAAAAACAAUCUUAUAUUGAAAAAUGUAUUAUUGCCUAUUUGAUGUAAUCCAAUUUUUGAUUACUAAUUGACCAGGUGCAAUUUCAACUUUUUUUUUUAAUUGGUAAGGACAAUUGUCGAUACUCUUUUGAAUUUCAAUUUUAAAAAUCAAAUUUAUUUAAAAAUUAAAUUUAUUAACCUUGUUUUAAAAUUGUAUAUGAUUGUUUGUCAUAAAGCUCUGA